ACUCAGUCCGUACAUGAGAUUUGAUUGUGCGAUUGUGAUCGGACCGGAACCAAUGGACAAAGACUCUUUUUUCCGGCUGUCGGAACUCUACGAUCUCUCCCAUCAAGUCGACUCUCUAAAUCGUCAAGUAGAUGUUAAUGAUAUUGCAUUGGAGAAUGAUGAUCUUAAUGAAGAAGAAGAAUUAUGUAGAGAGGCUUUUGAUACGAAUCUUGAGAAGCAUAACUUCUUUAAUGAGCAAAAUAAGUAUAUACGGGCAAUGAACGUAAAGAGAAAUAGAGACUAUGUUUACUUGGAGAGAGUUAAUGGAGAUAUGGUUAACAUUCUUGGAGGACUUGAAUUGUACACUCAAGUUUUCAACGCAGCAGAACAGAAAAAAAUUAUUGAUAAAGUGUGUGAACUUCAAGAGAAGGCACGAAAAGGAGAACUGAAGCGUGCGUUUACUGCUAAAGGCAAAGGACGUUCAGCUAUUCAAUUCGGUUGUUGUUUUAACUACCGUACGGGCAAACCUGGAAACCCUGUGGGGAUACUUAGACAUGAAACAGUUGAUCCGUUGCCUUCUCUUUUCAAGAUGAUCAUUAGAAGGAUGGUUAAAUGGCAUGUUCUGCCUCCAACUUGUGUGCCUGAUUGUUGUGUAGUCAAUAUCUAUGAUGAAGGUGAUUGCAUACCUCCUCAUGUCGAUAAUCACGACUUCCUCCGCCCGUUCUGUACUGUUUCUUUCCUCAGUGAAUGUAACAUCCUCUUUGGAUCGAACCUAAAAGUUGAGGAAACCUGUGUAUAUUCAGGUGAUUCAUACUCAUUACCACUUCCUGUUGGAUCUGUGCUUGUGUUAAAUGGGAAUGUAGCUAAUGUAGCUAAGCAUUGUGUACCUGAAGUUCCCACGAAAAGAAUAUCAAUCACAUUUAGGAAAAUGGACGAGUCAAAACGUCCAGUGUGGUUCACACCAGAGCCUGAUUUGCAGGGGAUUCAGCCAUUGCCAUACGAGCUAAACUCGUCUGCUGCCUCUGACCAUGUAUCUUAGUGUUAACAUAUAUAUGUAUAUUACAGUUUGAUUUGCCGGUGGACCGGUGGUGUGUAUAUUAGUGUUUACAAAUAUGUGACAAAUAUAUGUAUAUUAAUUACAGUUUGAUUUGCCGGUAGUGUGAAUAAUCAUUUUAUUGUUUACC